CCUUCCUUUCUUUCUUUCAUCUGCUUCGUCCUCAGAUCCGAUCUCUCUUCUCAUUCUCUUCUCUUGGUUUGGGGUGUCACGACUCACGACCUGCCGCCUUCUUCCUCCCCGUCGCUCUAGAGGGGAUCUCACCGCCGGCCGUCUCUCGCCAUGGCGGCGGCCAACGCCCCCAUCGCCAUGCGCGAGGCCCUCACGCUCACCAGCCUGGGGAUCGCGCCCCAGUUCGUCACCUUCACCCACGUCACCAUGGAGUCGGAGAAAUACAUCUGCGUCCGCGAGACCUCCCCGCAGAACAGCGUCGUCAUCGUCGACAUGGCCAUGCCCGCGCAGCCCCUCCGCAGGCCCAUCACCGCCGACUCCGCCCUCAUGAACCCCAACACCCGCAUCCUCGCCCUCAAAGCUCAAAUACCUGGGACAACACAGGAUCACCUGCAAAUCUUCAACAUUGAGGCUAAAACAAAAAUUAAGUCCCACCAGAUGCCUGAGCAGGUUGUGUUUUGGAAAUGGAUCACCCCAAAGUUGUUGGGUUUGGUAACACAAACAUCAGUUUAUCACUGGUCAAUUGAGGGAGAUUCUGAACCGGCCAAGAUGUUCGAUAGGACGGCUAAUUUGGCCAACAAUCAAAUUAUCAACUAUCGAUGUGAUCCAUCUGAGAAGUGGCUUGUGCUUAUUGGAAUUGCACCUGGUGCUCCAGAGAGGCCACAACUGGUGAAGGGAAAUAUGCAACUUUUUUCUGUGGAUCAGCAACGUAGUCAGGCACUUGAAGCCCAUGCAGCAUCCUUUGCAUCAUUUAAGGUCGUGGGCAACGAGAACCCUUCAACUCUCAUCUGCUUUGCCUCAAAGACAACUAAUGCUGGGCAGAUCACUUCUAAGUUGCAUGUUAUUGAAUUGGGUGCCCAGCCAGGGAAACCAGGGUUUUCCAAGAAGCAAGCUGAUCUUUUCUUCCCCCCAGAUUUUCAGGAUGAUUUUCCUGUGGCCAUGCAGAUCUCUCAGAAGUAUGGCCUUAUCUAUGUAAUUACGAAGCUUGGCCUUUUAUUUGUAUAUGACUUGGAAACAGCUGCAGCGGUCUAUAGAAAUAGAAUUAGUCCAGAUCCUAUAUUCUUGACAGCAGAGUCUUCUGCAAGUGGUGGUUUUUAUGCCAUCAAUAGGAGAGGACAGGUUUUACAUGCCACAGUUAAUGAUGCAACCAUUGUGCCUUUUGUCAGCAGUCAAUUAAAUAACCUUGAACUAGCUGUAAAUCUUGCCAAAAGAGCUAAUCUUCCUGGGGCAGAGAACUUAGUUGUGCAAAGGUUUCAAGAAUUGUUUGCACAAACAAAAUACAAGGAAGCAGCUGAGUUGGCUGCAGAAUCUCCUCAAGGUCUUCUCCGAACUCCUGAGACUGUUGCAAAAUUUCAGAGUGUUCCUGUUCAAGCUGGGCAAACGCCUCCACUCUUGCAGUACUUUGGCACAUUGCUAACUCGGGGGAAGCUCAAUGCUUACGAGUCUCUUGAGCUAUCUCGACUUGUUGUCAAUCAGAACAAAAAGAACCUUUUGGAAAACUGGUUGGCUGAAGACAAAUUGGAGUGCAGUGAAGAACUUGGAGAUCUUGUCAAGACUGUGGACAAUGAUCUUGCUCUGAAAAUAUACAUAAAGGCUAGGGCAACCCCUAAAGUUGUUGCCGCUUUUGCUGAAAGAAGGGAAUUUGACAAGAUCCUUAUAUAUUCAAAGCAGGUUGGAUACACCCCUGACUACCUCUUCCUCCUCCAGACCAUUUUACGUACGGAUCCACAGGGAGCUGUCAACUUUGCGCUCAUGAUGUCACAAAUGGAGGGGGGCUGUCCAGUUGAUUACAAUACUAUAACUGAUCUCUUCCUUCAGAGAAACAUGAUACGUGAGGCAACAGCUUUCCUGCUGGAUGUUUUAAAGCCAAACUUGCCGGAGCAUGCUUUUCUUCAAACCAAGGUUUUGGAGAUCAACUUGGUCACUUACCCAAAUGUUGCUGAUGCCAUCCUUGCUAAUGGUAUGUUCAGUCAUUAUGAUCGCCCUCGUGUUGCUCAGCUUUGUGAAAAGGCUGGCUUGUACUUGCGAGCUCUCCAGCAUUACACAGAAUUACCAGAUAUCAAGCGUGUCAUGGUGAAUACCCAUGCCAUUGAGCCACAGGCACUUGUUGAGUUCUUUGGCACUCUUUCAAGAGAGUGGGCUUUGGAGUGCAUGAAGGACCUUCUGCUGGUCAAUCUAAGAGGGAAUCUUCAAAUUGUUGUACAGGCUGCCAAAGAAUACUCUGAGCAGCUAGGGGUUGAUGCUUGCAUAAAACUGUUUGAGCAAUUCAAAUCUUACGAGGGCCUUUACUUUUUCUUGGGAGCUUAUUUGAGUUCCAGUGAGGAUCCAGAUAUUCAUUUCAAAUACAUAGAAGCAGCUGCUAGGACUGGACAGAUCAAAGAAGUUGAACGUGUAACCAGGGAAUCCAACUUUUAUGAUGCGGAGAAGACAAAGAACUUUUUAAUGGAAGCGAAACUGCCUGAUGCCCGUCCGCUGAUUAAUGUCUGCGACCGCUUUGGAUUUGUUCCAGAUUUGACCCACUAUCUGUAUACAAAUAAUAUGCUUCGGUAUAUUGAAGGCUAUGUACAGAAAGUGAACCCUGGAAAUGCUCCAUUAGUUGUUGGACAGCUACUUGAUGAUGAGUGCCCUGAAGAUUUCAUUAAGGGUUUGAUUCUGUCUGUCCGUUCUCUCCUUCCUGUUGAGCCACUAGUUGAUGAAUGCGAGAAGAGGAACCGCCUACGGCUGCUGACACAAUUUUUGGAGCACUUAGUGAGCGAGGGUAGCCAAGAUGUCCAUGUGCACAAUGCUCUUGGAAAAAUCAUCAUUGACAGCAACAAUAAUCCUGAGCACUUCCUUACCACCAAUCCAUUUUAUGACUCUCGCGUGGUCGGUAAAUACUGUGAAAAGCGGGAUCCUACCCUUGCUGUUGUUGCUUACAGACGUGGACAGUGUGAUGAUGAACUUAUUAAUGUCACCAAUAAAAACUCACUGUUCAAGCUGCAAGCUAGGUAUGUGGUUGAAAGAAUGGAUGGUGAUCUGUGGGAUAAAGUUCUACAGCCUGAAAAUGAAUAUAGAAGGCAACUCAUUGACCAAGUGGUUUCUACGGCUUUGCCUGAAAGCAAGAGCCCCGAGCAAGUGUCUGCUGCUGUUAAGGCUUUCAUGACAGCUGAUCUUCCCCAUGAACUGAUUGAACUUCUUGAAAAGAUCGUCCUUCAGAAUUCUGCUUUCAGUGGAAACUUCAAUCUGCAGAACCUUCUCAUCUUGACAGCCAUCAAGGCUGACCCAUCCAGGGUCAUGGACUAUGUCAACAGGCUGGACAACUUUGAUGGGCCUGCUGUUGGAGAAGUAGCAGUUGAAGCACAGCUGUUUGAGGAGGCUUUCGCUAUCUUCAAGAAGUUCAACUUAAAUGUGCAGGCUGUCAAUGUUCUAUUGGACAACAUCCGAAGCAUAGAAAGAGCUGAAGAGUUUGCAUUCCGUGUUGAAGAAGAUGCUGUUUGGAGCCAGGUUGCCAAGGCCCAGUUGCGUGAAGGUUUGGUUAGUGAAGCAAUUGAGUCCUUCAUUCGUGCAGAUGAUGCAACACAUUUCCUCGACGUCAUCCGUGCUGCUGAGGAAGCUAAUGUAUACGAUGAUCUAGUUAAGUACUUGCUUAUGGUAAGGCAGAAGGCAAGGGAACCCAAAGUUGAUGGAGAACUCAUCUUUGCGUAUGCUAAGAUUGAUAGACUCAGUGAUAUUGAAGAGUUCAUUCUCAUGCCAAAUGUUGCCAAUCUUCAAAAUGUUGGUGAUCGUCUGUAUGAUGAAGAACUUUAUGAAGCAGCAAAGAUCAUCUAUGCCUUCAUCUCAAACUGGGCUAAGCUGGCUGUUACCCUUGUUAAGCUGAAGCAGUUCCAAGGUGCUGUGGAUGCUGCUCGCAAGGCUAACAGUGCUAAAACAUGGAAGGAAGUCUGCUUUGCUUGUGUUGAUGCCGAGGAGUUCCGGCUAGCACAAAUAUGUGGUCUCAAUAUUAUUGUCCAGGUUGAUGAUUUGGAGGAAGUAAGUGAAUACUACCAGAACAGAGGAUGUUUCAAUGAACUUAUUUCCCUCAUGGAAAGUGGUCUAGGACUGGAGCGUGCUCACAUGGGCAUCUUCACAGAAUUAGGAGUCCUCUAUGCUAGAUAUCGCCCUGAGAAGCUCAUGGAACACAUCAAACUUUUCUCCACACGUCUCAACAUUCCUAAGCUUAUCCGUGCUUGUGAUGAACAGCAGCACUGGAAAGAGCUUACUUACCUAUACAUCCAGUAUGAUGAAUUUGACAAUGCUGCCACCACUAUUAUGAACCAUUCUCCGGAUGCAUGGGAUCAUAUGCAAUUUAAGGAUGUUGCUGUUAAAGUUGCAAAUGUUGAGCUAUACUACAAGGCAGUGCACUUCUAUCUGCAAGAGCAUCCUGAUCUCAUCAAUGACCUUCUCAAUGUACUUGCGCUUCGUUUGGAUCAUACAAGAGUCGUGGACAUAAUGCGCAAGGCUGGUCAGUUGCAUCUUGUGAAACCAUACAUGGUUGCAGUUCAGAGCAACAAUGUCUCUGCUGUGAAUGAAGCUUUGAAUGAGCUUUAUGUUGAAGAGGAGGACUAUGAGAGACUCCGUGAAUCGGUUGAUAUGCAUGACAACUUUGAUCAGAUAGGUCUUGCCCAAAAGCUUGAGAAGCAUGAAUUGCUUGAGAUGAGGAGGAUCGCUGCCUACAUUUACAAGAAGGCUGGCAGAUGGAAGCAAUCUAUUGCCCUGUCGAAGAAAGACAACAUGUACAAGGAUUGCAUGGAGACAUGCUCACAGUCUGGUGACCGCGAGCUGUCAGAAGAUUUGCUUGUCUAUUUCAUUGAACAGGGAAAGAAAGAAUGCUUUGCUUCUUGUCUCUUUAUUUGUUAUGACUUGAUCCGUGCGGAUGUUGCUCUUGAGCUUGCAUGGAUGAACAACAUGGUGGACUUUGCAUUCCCCUAUCUGUUACAGUUCAUUCGGGAGUACACAAGCAAGGUUGAUGAGCUAGUGAAGGACAGGAUUGAAUCACAGAAUGAAGUAAGGGCUAAAGAGAAGGAAGAAAAAGAUCUUGUUGCUCAGCAGAACAUGUAUGCCCAAUUGCUUCCUCUCGCCUUGCCUGCUCCACCUGGUAUGGGCGGUCCUCCACCGCCAAUGGGGAUGCCGGGCAUGCCUCCGAUGGGCGGAAUGGGGAUGCCUCCGAUGGGUCCCGGACCUAUGCCAGCAUAUGGGAUGCCUCCAAUGGGAAGCUACUGAGUAUCAUCCACUUGUGAAGAGUUCAUUUAGAUGAUAAGAAUUUCAAUUUACACAGAAGAGGAGGCAUCUUUCAAGUUGUAGAUGUGCUAUUAUUGGUUGUUUAAACUGAUUCUUUUGGUACCAGGACAAUUUUGGCGAGUGAAAUCUCUAGCCAGGUCGAGUUAAUGACUAGUUGCUAUAUAUUAUAUUACGAUGGGAUAGGACGAGGGAUGGUUGUUAGGUUGAGCGGGAGCUGCAAAGGCUGGUACCAUUAUUUGUAUAGGUUGUGUGAUAAAAAAGCUUGUAGACAUUUUGCAUGUACACUUUGCCGUAGUGGUUGGCGUUGGCAGCCAUAAACAGGAACACCAUUGUCUGUAUGUUACUUGUUUACGGUCUCAUGUCCAGCUGUUUGAAUUUUGUACCUGAAAUAUUUUUUUCUUUGGACAAAAAGAUGGAGUAUUUGAAUA